CUUUCCGCAGCUCCACCCCGCCGCUGCUGCCGCCGCUGCUGCUUAUUGUUUUCCUCCCUCACCCCCCGGUCGGGUCAUGGCUACUCAUUCCGCUGACGAGUCUUUCCCUUUACACGGGCUGCUCCCGAAGAAAGAGACCGGCGCCGCUUCUUUCCUGACCCGCUUUCCAGACUACGAUGGCCGGGGCGUGCUCAUCGCCGUCCUGGACACGGGAGUGGACCCUGGGGCGCCCGGCAUGCAGACCACAACAGAGGGGAAGCCGAAGAUUGUGGACAUCAUUGAUACAACUGGCAGCGGAGAUGUCAACAUGUCCACGGUGGUGGAGCCCAAGGAUGGAACAGUGGCUGGACUCUCUGGACGCACACUCAAGAUCCCUCCUGCCUGGGUGAAUCCCUCUGGGAAAUAUCACAUCGGGGUUAAGAAUGGUUACGACUUUUUCCCUAAGGCUCUUAAAGAGAGAAUACAGAAAGAGCGGAAGGAGAAGAUGUGGGAUCCUGCACACAGAGCUGCGUUAGCGGAGGCCACCCGCAGAGCAGAGGAGUUCGACCUGGCCCACCCCAACCCCUCACAGACCGAGAAGCUGCAGAAGGAGGAGCUGCAGUGCCACACAGAGCUGCUGAGUUCUCUGGAGAAGAAGUACAGUGACCCGGGUCCAGUCUACGACUGCAUAGUAUGGCAUGAUGGCAUCACUUGGAGGGCAGUGGUGGAUAUAUCGGAGAGUGGAGACCUGGCAUCCUGUACUGUGCUGAGCUCCUACAGAGAGAGACAGGAGUACGCCACUCUGGGAGACGCCGAGAUGCUCAAUUACUCCAUCAACAUCUACGACGAGGGGAAUACUCUCUGCAUCGUUACAAGUGGAGGUGCUCAUGGAACUCAUGUUGCCAGCAUUGCGGCGGGCCACUUCCCAGCGGAGCCGGAAAGGAACGGCGUGGCUCCUGGUGCUCAGAUCCUGGCCCUGAAGAUAGGAGACACUCGCCUGAGCACCAUGGAGACGGGCACGGGCCUCAUAAGAGCGAUGAUUGAGGUCAUCAACUACAAGUGUGACCUUGUGAACUACAGUUAUGGGGAGGCAACUCAUUGGCCAAACUCAGGGAGGAUCUGUGAAGUGAUCAGUGAGGUAGUGCAGAAACACAACGUCCUUUUUGUGUCGAGUGCUGGAAACAACGGGCCGUGCCUCUCCACUGUGGGCUGCCCUGGAGGAACCACAAGCAGUGUCAUAGGUGUUGGCGCGUAUGUCACCCCUGACAUGAUGGUAGCCGAGUAUUCUCUGAGGGAGAAGCUGCCCCCGAAUCAGUACACCUGGUCCUCCAGAGGUCCCAGCACAGACGGAGCUCUCGGGGUUAGCAUCAGUGCCCCUGGCGGAGCCAUCGCAUCUGUGCCUAACUGGACGCUUCGCGGCACUCAGUUAAUGAACGGCACAUCCAUGUCCUCUCCCAACGCUUGUGGAGGCAUUGCUCUCAUACUCUCAGGUCUGAAGCAGAACGGGGUUCGGCCCACAGUUGCAGCUGUGAGACGUGCUUUGGAAAACACAACCCUAAAAGUGGACGACAUUGAAGUAUUUGCGCAGGGCCAUGGUAUAAUUCAGGUGGACAAGGCGUUUGACUACCUCAUGCAGCAUGCCUCUUCCCCCACCAGUAACCUGGGCUUCACGGUUACUGUUGGGAAUCACAGAGGCAUCUACCUCAGGGACCCCAUCCAUGUGUCCACUCCAUCCGAUCAUGGAGUGGGCGUUGAGCCGGUCUUCCCCGAAAACACUGAGAACUCCCUGCGGAUUUCGUUGCAGCUGCACCUGGCGCUCACCUGCGGCGCAUCCUGGGUACAGUGCCCUUCGCACCUGGAGCUCAUGAACCAGUGUCGGCACGUUAAUGUCCGCGUCGACCCGCAGGGGCUACGAGAGGGACUGCAUUACACUGAGGUGUGUGCAUAUGAUACUUCGGCUCCCAAUGCUGGUCCUCUCUUCAGAGUCCCCAUAACGGUUAUAAUCCCUACAAAAGUUACGGAGAGCCGGAAUCAGGAGAUCUCCUUCACAGAGGUACACUUUAGACCAGGCCAGAUCCGGCGCCACUUUAUCGCCGUCCCUCAAGGGGCCUCCUGGGCAGAGAUCACGUUAACAUCUCACUCCAGUGACGUGUCCUCUAAGUUUGUCCUCCAUGCUCUGCACCUGGUGAAGCAGAAGGCUUACCGAGCGAAUGAGUUUUACAAGUUCUCCUCUCUGUUGGAGAAGGGCUCACUGACAGAGGCUUUCCCUGUGCUGCCUGGUCGGACAGUAGAAGUAUGCAUCGCUCGUUGGUGGGCCAGUCUUGGUGACGUCACUAUAGACUACACCAUUUCCUUCCAUGGGCUGCAAACGUCUCCCUGUCCUCUUCAUAUUCAUGCUUCUGAAGGCAUUUCUAGUUUUGAAGUAUCAUCUCCUCUAAGAUAUGAGGAAGUCUCCCCUACCAUCACCCUAAAGAACUGGGUACAGCCUCUCAGACCAGUAAGUUCAAAAAUAAAAGCACUCGGCCUCAGAGACAUCUUGCCCAAUAACCGUCAGCUUUAUGAAAUCGUCCUCACAUAUAACUUUCAUCAGCCUAAAAGUGGAGAGGUGACCCCUAGCUGUCCUCUAUUGUGUGAGCUGUUAUACGAGUCGGAGUUUGACAGUCAGCUCUGGCUCCUCUUUGACCAGAACAAGAGACUCAUGGGCUCUGGAGAUGCAUAUCCUCACCAGUACUCUCUGAAGCUGGAGAAAGGGGAUUACACCAUCCGCCUGCAGGUUCGCCACGAGCAGCAGAGUGAACUGGAGCGGCUGAAGGACCUGCCCUUUGUUGUGUCCCAUCGUCUCUCCAACACGCUGAGCCUGGACAUCUAUGAGACGCAUCGGUCUGCCAUGCUGGCUAAGAAAAAGGCUAACUCCCUCACCCUUGUCCCAGGAAGCUCACACCCGUUCUACAUCACCUCCCUGCCGGACGACAAGAUCCCUAAAGGUACAGGUCCUGGGUGCUACAUGACGGGCUCCCUGGUCGUGCCUAAGAGUGAAUACGGGAAAAAAGCAGGCCAAGCCUCAGCCAAACGACAAGGAAAAUUUAAAAAGGAUGUUGUGCCAAUCGUUUACCACCUGAUCUCUGCCCCCAACAAAACGAAGAAUGGAGGAAAAGAGAAGGAGAAGGAUGGAGAGAAGGAGAAGGACGUGAAGGAAGAAUUCUCUGAAGCCCUCAGAGACUUGAAGAUCCAGUGGAUGACAAAAUUGGACAAUAGUGCUUUGUAUGAUGAACUGAAGGAGACCUUCUCAAAUUAUCUCCCUCUCCAUGUGCAGCGACUGCAUCAGCUUGAUUCAGAGAAGGAGCGGCUGAAACGAUUGGGAGAUAUUGUGGCAGCAGCAGACACUGUGAUCUCUCAGAUUGACCAGACCGCUCUGGCGGUCUACCUUACCAUGAAAACAGACCCACGUCCAGAUGCGGCCUCCAUCAAGAGUGAUAUGGAGAAACAGAAGUCGUCGCUGCUAGAUGCUCUGUGCAGGAAGGGCUGUGCUCUGGCUGACCAACUUAUGCAGCCUCCAGCCCAAGAGGGCGCCAGUGCGAGUGAGGUGGGCAGCUCCGAUGAAGACCCUCAGGGUGUCGCUAAAGCCCUGAACGACACUUUCUGGGAGGUGCAGAAGUGGGCUGAGCUUACUGACUCCAAGGUUUUGACAUUUUCCUACAAACAUGCCUUAGCAAAUAAAAUGUAUGGAAGAGCCUUGAAAUACACAUCUAAAAUAGUAGAGGACAAACCCAGUAAAGAAAACUGGAAGAACUGUAUCCAGUUGAUGAAGUCUCUUGGCUGGAUGCACUGCGCCUCCUACACUGAAAACUGGCUUCCCGUCAUGUACCCCUCAGACUUCACCCCCUUUUAGGAAAAGUACACGGAUUCCCCAAUGCCCCGUUUUCCCACAUGACCCCAGUGCACUCUGAUACACCUAACGACAGGAUGCACGCCUGUGAAUGCAGUACCGUGUUUCAAAGCUGCCUUGUUUGGAAACGACCACCUCUCUUCACAUGAUCCUAACUGGAUCCCACUAUGCCUUCCUUGGUGCAGUGUCACUCUGCGACGCUGUACAUCUCCACCCUGUCGAGGACUGUCCUUCACAGCAUGUUCUCAAGGGACACAAAGCUUCACAUUUCAGCCCCAUACCACAACUCCACAACUCCCCAGCUCCCCAGCUCCCCAGUUUCAGAUUCCUCCCUGUCAUCCGUGCGUAACGACACAGCUCCUCACUCGUUUGGUCACACUUGCGUGUAAGAGGUGACGACACCAUUUCCUUUCUUUGUGUCCUCCGUUAUCACCAAUGUUACGAUAUGUUUUGGGGACGGAGCUUCUGCUCCUUGGACCUUUUUCCCCACCUCAUCCAUCAAACAGAGAGUGUUUGAAGUAGACACGGUUCCAGAACUGCUCCUCGGAGCCCUUUUUGUGGUUUGGAGUGCCAAUUGCGUUGCUUUCUGUCAAAGAUACAGCAAGAGUAGAAUGUCUGAACUGAUGUGUUGAAAUGUAGAAACAGGUAUCAUCACGCACAUGACUUUAUCAAGGCAAUAUGAAUAUAUGUAAACCUAAUUUUCCCUCAUAUACAGUAUAUGUACAAUGUAUGCAUGUUUUUAUAAAGCUUAAAAUAUUAGUUCUGGCUUGAAAGCUCAGCUUUCAAUCAUGUAUAUCGAGUAAAUUGGACUGGGCUUUUAUACUAUCGAACGAGUCCAUGUCAUGCCUUUUUAAUGAGUGUGAAAUUACCAAGUAUAGCUGUCUUUGUGCGGUUUGUUGUGUGUGGGAGUGUUUGUUAGUGUACGAGUGAGUGUGUCUCUGUGCAAACUGUUAAUUUAGGUUGAUAUAAUU